AUGCUUAAAGAAAUUCAGAAAAAAUGGAAGAAUGACGAUUUCAAAAAUGACUGGAGUAAAUAUAUUGCAGAAAGAUUAGUGUCAGAGUCUAUUAAUGCGAGUUACAAGGUUCAAAAAAGCUACAAUUAUGAAGUUUCCUCCUAUUCUUUACCAAUAGAAGAGUCAGAAAAUGAUAAUCAGAUUGGAAAGCAAGGUAACAAUAAUGAAAAUGAAGAGAAUCGUGAUGACCAUGAUAGUCAGGAUCAA